UGAACUGUGCGGGUCACAUUGAGAUACCUUUGACUGCCUUGCUUGUCUUUUCGCAUACGACCAGGCAAUUGGCAUCGACUGUCUGUAGACUCCUUAGCCCGUGCCUGUCGCGUUCAGUAUCCAGCUCGCCACACAUCCCGUCCCAUUCCACGCAUCAUACAGUGCCUCUGCCUGGAGGCACGUGAGAGAUCAUGGCGGCCGACUCAUCCGCCCCAUCAGAGACGGCCCUCUCGGUCGCCCAGCAAUUACAACAGCUCAACACGGCUCGGAAAGUGGUGCUGGAGAACAACUCGUACUACGACAAAAUUGUCAAGGGUAUCUUGCCUAUCAUAGGACACAAUGCUGCGCUGGAGCUACGACGAUGGGGCGCCGAGUUCCUGGCCGAGUCCCUCGCCACGCCGGUGUUGAGGAUGAGCGAGAAAGAAAACAUGACGGUGGCGGUCCUCGAGACGCUGAGGGGAUUGAUUGAGGGGGCUGAUGAGGACAUGAUCGUACUCAAAGCUAGCGUGGCGGCGGCCGCGAGCGCAUACCCUGUCGCGCUGAGGUGGAUAAUACAUAACUCUUACCACACGGAAAGUUGGGAGCACAUGUCGGCGAUCAAGUCAAAGAUCUUACAGAUCUGGGACGGGGCGCCGGUCCCCGUCAAGCUGAGUUGUAUCAAAUUCGCCCAGCGGGUUGUCCUUGCUCAGACAAUGUCGAACGGGAUGGAGCAGAAAUACGGCGGACUUGACAUCUCGCUGAACAUGAUUCCGCCGAACCACCCCUUAUUAGACCCCAGACAGCUUGAGGCAGAGGCAACCGGCCUUCUGGAUAGAAUGCUGGGAGUAUUGCAGGACAACAGCAGCGAUGCUCCGUUAGUUGACGCUACUCUCAACUGUCUGUCGAUCCUGAUGCGGACCCGCCCGAGCACAUCAAAUAGGAUUCUGAACACAGUGCUCAACUUCAACCCGCUAAAGCUGGCUAACUCCCCUAUGACACCAAAGACAAGAGUCCUGGUCAAGUCCCUGGAGAAGACCACCCGUCUGUUCCUGACACAUGUGCUCAAGCGGGAUCCCGGCAAUCCUAUGGCAGGGCGCAUUCAGCAAUAUAUCGAGCGGCUGAUACGGUCACGGGCCGAGAUAUUUGACGAAGCAGGACGGAAGAGAGCCCUGGCCGAUCAUGCUGCGGCCAGUCUUGGGGAUGCCAAAAGACAAAAGACGGAGGGCGGUCUUGCCCAGGUCGUUAUUCCGCCACUGGGGCCAGGACCACAUACUCUUGCUGCUGUAUUCACAUUGACGAACAACCUCGGCCUGGCCGCGUUUGAUGCCACCCAACUGCCAGUGAAUCUUGCCGCCAAAAUCAGUGUCAGGGCAUUGGUCGCUCUGGACAAGAAGGUUCUGGACUUAGCCGUUAGUGGAAUCCGCGAUCGACUCACUUCCCUCCACGCGGCAGCAGCCGUGGCAGCAGCGGCAACACAGCCCGCCGAAAUCAACGCCGCAACUGCUCCACUGGGUGUCGACGAGGACGAUGACGAUUACGAGCCAGACCUGACUCCGGCCGAAGAUACCGAACAGAUCCUCAACAAGCUCGACAACGCCCCUCCCGAAGAGCCGAUGCCGAACGCCGACGCUGGCGCACCCUUGGUGCUCGGCCCAUUCAAGCUUCCGCCACCGCCUACGCUUGAUCCCAACGUCGCCGCCAAGCUUAGCCAAGCGGCAGCCUCUCGUGUCUUCGGGCCGCUAUCAAGCCUCAAAGAGGGCGCUCCCUUGCGGAAACCGAAGGCCGGCAUCAACCGACUCGCAGCUAGCUCGUACGACCGAGAUUCCUGGCUGACUCUCAUCACUCGCCUAGCGACUCGCAGCACCGCAGGUCUCGAAGACGUCAACAGCGGCAUCAAGCCGGAAGACGCCGGCUCGGCGCUCGACAGGCCACGGAUGUCGCUCGGGGACACCAUCCGUGAGAUACUAUAUAACUACAUCCUCGAGGACUGGCGGCGGCGCAUAGAGAUCGCCGUCGCCUGGCUCUGCGAGGAGUGGUACAACGACCAGCUGACCAAGCGCAGCGGCAGCGACGCACCUCUACACUACGAGAACUGUGCACUUCGGUUGGUCGACGGCUUCCUCAGCUACAUUACCGCGCAGGACAAGGUCUUGACCCGGUUUCUGGCAGAGAUACCUGAGCUGAGCAGGCCACUGCUGGGGAAGCUCAAGGCCCUGUGUGCCGACCCAACGACGGUGCAGCUAGCGCUGACGACCUUGCUGUAUCUGGUGAUGAUGCGGCCGCCUGUGCGAGACAUUGCGCUCGACACUGUCGCGGAGAUCUGGGCUGAAUAUGAGGACGCGCGCCCUCUGGCAGCCAAGUAUCUGGUCAAGUGGCGGCCGGGAUUCAUCGAAUCCCAAGCCCACGGUACCUCAGCGCCCGCCGGUAACAACAUGGCGAUCGCAACAUGAGCCGCGCCAGAACUCAGGGGAGGGAGGGGUCGAGUGAGCAGUCAUGCUCUUCUUGGGGGACGCAUUACUUUUGCGCAUUUAAGUUCACAUUCACGGGCAUAUCCAUUGCACGCCAAAGCUUGUUAAGAGAGGGUAGGCCAUUUAUGGAUGGGGUAAAUGGCGUUGGGACGACCAAAAUCGCGAGGGGAGCCUAGUGGCUGGGUUUCUCGCUCUCAGCGAAAGGGCCUUGCUGUACGAUAUCGCAUAGACCGGGACUCGCUUUCACCAUCAGUUUUGAAAUAGCGCACGGAAUCUACUGGGAGCAAUGCAAAUAUAACUGAAUCUCUCAGCACAGUCGAUACGAAGACGCGACGCGU